CAAAAAAAUUUCCUGAUCGAUGCAUAUGCCUCCACCCAAAAAUAUGCCCCCACUCAUUUACACCUUAUAUCACUUAUCUUUCUCACUCAUUCACUCUCACAUAUCUGCAGCCUCAUUCACAUAAACCCUAAUUCCAUCGAUCAGAUCCGUUCAUCUCAUUCCAGAUACAAGCCGCCAGCAGUCGAUCAGCUUCCGCCGACAACCUCCUCAGGUCCGCUACCUGUCCGCCAGAUUUCAAUCGACUGAUGACACCGACUGUUUAGCCCAGACUCUCCUUCAACAACGAAGCUCUGCGGCCCUCUCUCUGGACUCUCCUUCAACAACGAAGAUCUGCCAUCUCUCUGAACUCUCCUUCAACGACGAAGCUUGAAGGUACUAGUUUUGAGAUGGAUAGAUCAUGGAUAAAAGAAGGUAAUAGGCUGUCUGCUGAGUAUACAAAUGGUGUCAACAAUUUCAUAGACUUUGCUAUGCUAAACUCCGACAAUCGUAGAUCACUUAGGUGCCCAUGCAAAAAUUGUUGCAACUUGGACUUUCAUACUCCUGAACAAAUCAAGGUCCAUUUGUUAAAAGUUGGAUUCUUAGAAUCUUAUGUUGUCUGGACUCGUCAUGGGGAGAUUGAGAAACCCACUUCAUAUAGAAGUUCAGAGUCCCCCUUUUUACAUGAACAACGUGAAACCGAAGACAUGUUAGGUGACAUUUAUGAACAGUUAGGUAAUAACUCCAAUCGCUUCAGGGAGUUAGUUGAAGAUUCUGAGAAGCCUCUCUACUCAGGUUCAAACCAUUCAAAGUUGUCAGGUUUGAUGUUGUUAUUUAACAUCAAAGGGAAAUUUGGGUUGUCUGAUCAAGGCUUUACAGCUUUAUUAGAAGCUCUUUCCACUCUAUUUCCUGCAGAUAACUGCAUUCCCAAGUCCAUGUAUGAGGCCAAGAAAGUAAUGAAAGUUUUAGGAUUAGAUUAUCAAAAAAUCCAUGCUUGUCGUAAUGACUGCAUCUUGUUCCAUAAGCAGUACACUGAUCUUGAGAAGUGUCCGACAUGUGGUGAGUCAAGGUGGAAGGAAAAAAAGAAUGGCGCUAUAUCUUCUGCCCAUCGAAUUCCAACUAAAGUAUUAUGGUACUUUCCUCCAAUUCCUCGAUUCAAACGCAUGUUCCAAUCACCCAAAACUGCUGAGAACAUGACGUGGCAUGCAAAUCAUCGAAUUAAAGAUGGAAAACUACGUCAUCCGGCUGACUCUCCAGCUUGGCAUCAUAUCGAUAAAAUGUGGCCUAACUUUAGCGAAGAGUCUAGGAAUCUGAGGUUGGCUCUCUCAAGCGAUGGAGUCAAUCCACAUAGUUCUAUGAGCUCUUCUUAUAGUUGUUGGCCUGUUCAGAUGGUCAUUUAUAAUCUCCCGCCAUGGUUGACCAUGAAGAGAAAAUUUAUGAUGCUCUCACUUUUAAUAUCUGGUCCUAAACAGCCUGGUAAUGAUUUAGACGUCUACCUAGAACCUUUGAUCGAUGACCUAAAAACACUUUGGGAUGACGGUGUAGACGUUUAUGAUGCGUUUAAGAAUGAAACAUUCAAAAUGAGAGCUGUACUAAUGUGGACCAUCAGUGAUUUCCCUGCGUAUGGCAACUUAUCCGGCUGUACUGUAAAAGGAUACUUUGCCUGCCCCGUAUGUGGUCCAAAAACUAGUUCAACAUGGCUGAAAUGUAGCAAGAAGUGCGUAUAUAUGAGCCACCGUCGCUUCUUACCUAGUGACCAUAAAUUUAGAGAUCUUAAGAAAGUUUUCAACAAUAAAGUUGAGAGAGAGGGACCCCCUGAAACUUUAACCGGUCAAGAUGUCCUCAAAAUUGUGGAAGAAAUAGAUUACUUUAACCUACAUGAGAAAAUGAUUGACGAUGGUGGAGAAAUGCCCGUGCAAUUUGGCACUUCUGCUGCUAUACCUUGCCCUAAAAAACAAUCUGAAGAAGCAAUGACAAGAAGAUCUCAAUACAUAGCGGAUUUACUUGGAGUAGGCUUGGUCGGGCAGAUCACACUUAUCCCAUAUAAUUCAGGCGAUCACUGGGUUUUAGUUGCUAUUGACAUCGCGUUUGGGAAUGUAUACUACCUGGACUCGCUUGGAGAUAUUCCACCCUUCGAUUUGCAAGUUAUUGUGGACCAGUUAAGUGCUUUACUAGAGCGGAAUGAAUUAUAUUAUGUGCUUAUUGGUUGUGUUUGUAUGAGCAUGCUGGCCCAUUUGAUCUCCAAACUCACAAUUUCAAUAUGAAGUGCCAUCACUAUUGCAUGAAUAAUCUGUUUUCUUAGACUGUAAAUAAUGGGAGUGAAGAUGUAUCAAGCAUCAAAGUCAAGUAGGCUGAAGUCAAAUUGGAUCAGAGUUGCGUGUCCUAAGCAAAAAGGAGUCACAGAAUGCGGGUAUUUUGUGAUGAAGUAUAUGAGAGAUAUCAUUGCUGAUGUCAGUGUGUUGAAGAAAAAUUUCUCUGCAGUGAAGGAAUAUUCAGAAGAAGACAUUUUACAAGUCCGUGAAGAAUGGAUAACAUAUGCUGCCAGCUUGCUAGGAGCAAUGGGGUGAUAUGUGGGAAGAAGCUUGUAGCAGACCAGGGCAGGAAUUUUGAGUGAAGCACCAUGGAUAUUUGACUACUAAUCAGCACUUAAAAGUGCUUGACUGUAUUACCAUGUUUUGUCAUUUUGGAUUAAACUUCUGGUCUUAUGACUUAUAUGUUAUGUCAAAGCCAUGGAAUGUAUUUUGAUGAAUUUACAAGUAACUUACAUACUUUAUGGUUCAUGGAACUGCAGUAGGUUAGUCCUUGAAAAACAUCCCAAUGAUACGUGUGAUAUGUAUCAUGCAUUUUGAUCAAGUGAAUUGUAAUGGA